CACAACACAGAACUGCAAAAAACACCUCACUCAUCCACAGUAAAUCGAAUGGCAUAUGAGCCAGGUGUUUUAGCAUUGGUUCAGGCUGGUGAGGCACUUUUUCAUUGUGAAUGUGCAACAGUAGUGUUUGAUGCAACCACCGUUUUAGACAAACAUGUAAAUGAGUUCCUUAUCAGUACCUAUCCUCCGCAGAGAUGUUAUUCCUUAUCAACCGCUAAACUUGCUGGAGGCACAGGAUUUGACUGUGCCACUCAUAUUGUCAGUGUAAUAAAAGAACUUGCCAAUACAUUUGCAGGGUUUAAAAAUAUGCCAGCAGUAGAAGUUUUAGAUGUUUUCACUCAAAAAAUUAAAAGUUGUCUGUCAGACAGAGCACCUGUUAAUAGUUGUGUGAAAAACAUGCUUCAGGAGGAGAUGGACAUUCAAUUAAUGCAACUGUACUGCAAUGUUCAUCCAUUGGAAACUAUUACCUUAAAAGCAUUAUUAGCUCUUAAAACAAUAGAUAAUGAGUUGAAUAUAAAACCAGCUAAAGGAACUGAUGGGGUUGCAGUAACAGUCCUCAAAAAUAUUUCUAAGCUAAGGUAUAGUUUUAAAGGCGAUCCUGCAGCAUUCAAAAGCUAUCUUAAAAAAAACAAUGUUGCUCCAGGGCUAUUCCUUAGAUAUGUUGGUAGUAGAUUUCAUGUUUUGUUCCAUAUGGCAGGGAUUGUUGUUACAUACGAAAGACUUAUAAAAAUCUUUCUUGAAAACAACACCAAAAAUAAAAAUUGCCAACUCUUACUUCAAGAUAUGAGUAAUGAUAUAACGCUUGUGCAACUGCAAGGGUUGGGCCUGAUAGGAAAAAUAAUAACUGGGCCAUGGAUGAGUCUGGUUUAUAAAAAUGCAACAAGAAAAACUAAUCUUGAGUUUGGUGACAUUUUCCAGAAAGCAAUAAGGAAAUUAGCUUACUUCAAAAGUAAUCCAGAAUCAAUUCUUUAUAAAGAUGUGGAUAUUUUUAGUCAAGUAUUAAAUAUCAAAAAAAAUAAGGUACACCAAUCCCUUUGUGUAAUAAAAAAUAAAAAUAUUUUGGUAAAGAUUUUAUCAGCUUUGAUAAGCUACACAGAAACAGUUCUCAAAAGGCAGAUGGCCAGGUAUUUGACUGGCAAUCUCUCAAAUCCAUCUAAAGAAAUGAUAAAAACCACACUAUCUGCUCCACCUCAUACAAUGGAGGCUGAAAGGAUCUUGGGCAUGCUUGAUUUUUUUUUUGCAUCGUGCUCCUAAUGCUACUUUUGGUUUUCUGGAUUCAAAAAUAAAAGCCAGGGUAAACAAAACAUUAACAUGGCUUGAUGAGAAAACAUUGCCAGAACAAGAAGAUCUUAUUCAAUUUGUAAUUCGCAGAGGAGCUUUAAUGUGCCAAGCCUCUAAAAAUUUUAAUAAUCUUUUGUAUGAAGAAAUAGGAAAAAGAUGCGCCAAAGCUAAUUUAAAAAAAGAGCGUCUGGAAAGAAAGCAACUAGAGAAGGAUAUUAAAAGAGCAAUAGCUGAAAAUGCCAAAACCACAAAUCCUCUUUUUGUUAAUAUUGAUGAAAAACAAAAACGAAUUUUAGGAGUAAUUUUGAAAAAUGGAAACCUGAUAGGGCAGCUCUUAAGCCAUAAAUGGGAGCUAGAUGAUGGUAAUAUACAUUUAUUUUUUGGUAGAAUUGUUGAUCAAGCUGAAGAUAUUGACAUAAGCCAGGAAGGAGUUAUAGCAGAUCUAAUACUUAAAGACUUGGAGUUCAUUUAAAAAUUACUAUAAUAUAUUAGGCAUUAUUAUCUUUUA